GUGAUGCCGAUUUGAGUAAGUAUACACACAGAGAAAAUGCUUUUGUUGAUAGAUAUUUUUGUGAUCAGACAGUGACUGUUAGUGCUGUUGAGCAUAGGUUUAUGUAUAGUGAUUUCAAGUCAGAUGAGUAUGCUGUGAAGAUGGUUGUUUUGUACCUUGUUACUAAUUGUUUGAUUAGUAGUGUUUACUCAAAAAAAGUUCCUGUUGAGAUUUUGAACAUAAUUGGGGUUGAUGAGUAUGGUAGUUUUCCAUGGGGUAUACCAGUGUUUGAAUUAACUUUGCACAAUUUAAAGAUUGGUCUGAGGGGUGUUAUGAAGGGAAAAGGUGUUGCUAAGCCUCUUGCUAAGGUUAAAGGGAAACAUUUGGAAAAGGGUCCUCGAUCUUAUAAACUUCCUGGUUUACCUUUUGCAUUUUUGGUUUGGUUGUAUGAAACCAUUCCUUUGUGCUUGAAGGCAAAGUUUUGUUCCUAUGAUUCUGGUAAACCAUAUAGGUUUUGUAGAUGGAAGAGUAUUGGAAAUCCUAAUUCAAGUGAAGUUGAGAAGAAAGUUCUAUCUUCAAAUAAGGUAUUUUUUAUAUUUUGUAAAUUGUUUAUUUGUUGUUUUUAUUAUAUUUUGUAAACUAAUUAUUUUUUCUUGUUUUGCUAGCUGAAAGGAAAACAUAUUGUGCCUACUGAAAAUGAAAUAAAAGGUUUAUUGGUGCUUACUGGAAUGGAGUUUAUUGGCCGAGAAGAGUCAGAUGAUGACUUUGAUGAUGUUCCAUUCUCAAAGUUUAAUGUUGAUAGAGUUGGAUCUUCUGGUGUACAGAAGGAGUUUACUGGUGGGUUUGAUGUCGAUGGUGUGAUGCGUAAGAUGAAGGAGUUUAUUUCUAGGCAAAAGAAGACUGAUGAGUCUAUUGAAGUAUUGAAUAAUGUGUUGGAGGGUAGAUUCAAGGAGUUGCAGUUAAGUCUUCAGUCGUAUAUUGACUCAAAGAUCAGUGAAGGCUUGGUUUUUUUUAUGGAAUUGAAGUUUAAUGAGUUGAAGGAAGCUAUUGAAAAUGCAAAAAUUUCUAAAGAUGGAAAUGAUAGUCCUGAUGAGAGCGAUGGCAAGGUUUGAUUAUGUUUAUUUUAUUAGUUUAUUAGAUGUUUCUUUGUUUUUAAAUAUGUUAUUUUGAUUUUGUUGGUUUUUUUUUUGUUGCAAGAAUGAUGAUUUAAAUGAUGUUGAAGUUUUUGAUGUGAAAAGUCAAGAUGCAAUUGAAACUGUUGGACUCGAUGAGAAUAUUCAAUAUACUCAGGUUAUUCUUGUUUUGUAAACUAGUAUAUUGUUUUUUGUUUAUUGAAUAUUUUUUGUUUUUUGAAUAUUUUUUAUUUAUGUUAUUAAUGUUUUUAUUGUUUAAUGGGUUUUUUUUUAUUUUUUUGUAGGUUUUUAAUGAUGAUGCUCCUUCAUUUGAUAUUAUGAGUUUUAUUUCUAGUAAACCUGAUUGGUUUACUGAAGAAAAAAAGAAUACUGAUAAAUUGAAUGAUGAAGAACAUGUUGUUGAUGAUCAUGGCCUAUUUAAGGAUGUUGUUAAAAAAUCUAAGGAGGAUGAAGAUGAUGGUGGUGAUGACCAGGCAAGUUUGUUUAUUUUUUAGUUUUUUCAUUAUUUAGAUGAUUUGUUACUAUGUUGUUUGUUGUCUCUGUCAAAUGUUUUUUAUGUUUGUUUUGUAUAUUUACAGGGUUUGGGGGGUGGUGAUGCUGUUAAAGCUAUUGGGUCAGAUGGGACAAAUAAAGACAAUGUUGAGGGAAAGAAUACUGAAGAAGCAAAAGAUGUUGCAGAUGGGAGUAAUAAAGAUAAUGUUGAGGGCAGAGCAGUUGAUGUAGAUGCAAGUGUAAAUGAUGUUGAAGGUGUUUGUAGUAAGGGAAAGUUGUUUGAUAGUCAAGGCCCUGAGGAUAGUAUCACUGUGUCUGCUUUGGAGAUUAUAAAUGAAAAGAUUGAUGCCUAUGAGGGAAGCAUUAAAAAGGAUAAGUCUUUAAAUAAAUUAGAGGCAACAAAUGCUGAUGUUUUAUCUACCUAUGGGUUGGACAAGACUGAUGUUGUUGGUGUUGAGAAGAAGCAUGGUUCUCAAGAAAGCUUUUUUGUAUCUAACAUGGAGGUUGUUAAUGAUCAUUUGGUUUCCUAUGAAGACAGUUUGAAAAAGGUUUAUUUUUAUUUUGUUUAUGUUAUUUGGUAGUUUUUUUUUUUUUCUUUUCACUUACUUUUUUUUUUAUUUGUUUGUAAUUGUUUUGAAUGCUAGGGAAAGUCUAUAAAAUUGGAGGAAGAAACUCCUACAGUUGGAAAUAGAGAGAGGAAACCUAGUUCUGUAUACAACAGUCCGUAUGCCUCAGAAUUUGGUUCAGGUAGUAUUGGUAAACAAAAAGGUGGACGUCCUGGAUCAUGUGCUUUUGGAUUUGGCUUUUUCAAUGUGAUUGAUGAUGUGCAAGCUAAAUCUUUUGAUCAGUGGUUUAAGAUUGGGUUUAAUGAUAAAAACAAAGUGAAGAAGUUUAAAGAAUGUCAUAGGAAGCUUAAGGUUCCAUUGGAUUUUGUGGUUUGUCAAAUUGAUGAUAAGAUGUGGUUCUAUGAUUUGCUUACUGUUGGGAAGAACUUGUCAUGCUCGCAUAUUGAUGUUUGUUUCUACUAUUUGAGAAAGAAGUUAAAGUAUGACCAGUCUGUGAAAAUUUCUGGUAAUACUACUGAUUCCUUCUUUGCUUCUCAAAUUUUUGAAUUAUAUAAUGAGUUUGUUGCAAGUGGUGAAAAUGUUGAUUCGAUUAAGAAGGAUUCUAAGGCAGCUGCAUACAUAGCGGGUUUUUAUAUGUUAUGCAAUAAACCCUGGGCUGAGCUUGAUUUCGUACUAAUGCCUGUUAACGUGAUUGUUCUUGCUCAUUGGAUAUUGUGUAUUCUUGACAUUAAGAUGAGAUGCUUAAAAGUGUUGAAUUCUAUGAGGUUUGGGAGGUACAAGAACAACUCAGAGAGUUUUGUUCGUGCAUUUGCUGUAAUAAUUCCUAUCUUACUGUCACAUGUUAAUUUCUACGAGGGGAGAAAAGAUAUUGACAGGAGUAGUAAGCACUGGCAAGGUAAAAAAGAUACUGAUGCGUUUGAUAUUGUCGUGGUUGAUAAUUUGCCACAACAAGAGGAUAGUGAUUGUGGUGUUUUUAUCAUAAAGUAUGCUCAUUUCUUUAUGCAUGGAUUGAUUGAUAAGAUUCCUAAGAAGUUGGACAUUGCAUUCACUCGUAAGAAGUUGUGUGUUGAUCUGUUUGUUCAUGCAAAGAAGAAGGAGUUGGGUGGGUACGAGUCUACUUCGGAGCAUCCAGGAAGGAUGCCAUAGUUUUAUGUAAUAGAACAACAUGUUGGAAACCUAGUUUACAUUUUUUUGAACUUUAUGUGUAUUUUUAUGUCAUGUUGUUUUGUUUUUAGGUUUAUGUUUGUGUUUGUUUAAGAAACUGUUUGGAACAGUAAUAUUUUAGGAGACUCUUGCCUAUUUUAAUUUUGAAGUAACCUUUUGGUUUACUGGCACA